UACGCGCCGUGCAGGAGGACGAAGAUGGCGGCGGAGAAUAAUGUGGAAGCGGAGCACGAAUGGAGCGACUGGGCCCUGGACACGGCCGAGGACACCCUGGUGGCGAUGGAGACCCUGCUGGCUACGCUGAGAGCUUUCGAAGACGUCCUCAGGCAGCAGGACGUGUCCACGGCGUCCUCCACGGAGUACUGCGACAACUUCUGCCAGGCGCUGAUGCACUAUGCCGGGAGCAGGAACUCCAUGGAGCACGGUCUUCCCCUGCUGGAGGUCUACUGCCUGUCCAUAAACUGCUUCGCUGCGGCCCGCUCACACCUGACUGCAGACUCCGACAGAGUGGCCCUGGUCCUGAAGAGGCUGGCUCUGAGCUGCUUCGAGCUGCUGCUGUCGGUGCCAGAGAAUGAGAUCCCGUACGAGGCCUGGGUUCAGUUCCACCACUCCGUCCAGAUCGCCCAUGAUACCCUGCUGCGCUACGGGAGCACCGACCUGCAGGCCUUGCUGCAGAUCACGGGGGAGGGCGGCGCCUGGAGCAACCCCGUCCUGACCUCGCUGCUGACCGGACAGACCACCAGCCCCGAGGAGGUUAAUACGUACAUCAGCCUGGAGGGCGAGGGCUUCAUGGAGAUGCGGGUGAAGCACCUGGAGAAGAUGGGGGAGGUUGCCAAAGCCGUGGUUCUGGCCAAAGCGUGCACGGAGUGCAGCUGCAUCUCCAACCAGGCCAUGUUCCGGCAGACCUACAUCUCGCUGCUCUGCCACCUGCUGCCCAACGAAGAGGCCAUCAUGGAGAUCUCCAGACUGGACUGCAAGGACGUGCUGGAGAUCACCUGCAACCUGGAGACGGAGGGGGAGGAGAACACCGCCUUCAUCCUGUGCACCACCUUCCUCACCCAGCAGCUGCAGCAGCAGAGCCUGUACAGCUCCUGGGAGCUGACUCUGCUGUGGAGUAAGCUUCAGAGGAGGCUGGACCCGUCGCUGCUGUCCCUCCUGGAGCGAUGCCUUCAGCUGGGCGCCAUCGCCAAAACGGUCCAUCACUUACUCUACCUGGUUCGGGUCAUUCAGACAGAGGCAGAGGAACUUGGGACUUCUGCUUCGGUUGAACUCUGUGUCAAAGCUCUGCAACUUCCAAGGGGAGACGACUCCGAAACGAGGAUCUCCAUCUGUAAGACGAUGUCCUGCCUCCUGCAGGACGACCUGGAAGUGUGGCGAGCCUGCCAGCUGACGGAGUUUCUGCUCGGCCCCUGCCAGGACUCCUUCAGACGUCUGGAGGAGCUCUACCUACGCCCGGACCAAAAGUACGACCAGGAAAGCGGGUCGAUUCCCAACUCGCUGCGCUGCGAGUUGCUUCUAGCGCUGAAAGCUUACUGGCCUUUUGACCCCGAGUUCUGGGACUGGAAAACGCUGAAGUACCACUGCGCGUCUCUGCUGGGGCUGAAGCCCGAGUCGGACGCUGAGGAGGAGGAGGCGGCAGACAGACGGGAGAGCCCGGAGCCACAAGGAGCCGCCGUCAAAGCAGAACCCCAACAGCACAGUGUAGUAAACGGAGGACUCGGUCCCGAGCAGCACCACAAACCGCCCAGCGGCGAGCAGAAAGAGCCCAGCGGAGAGUCGGAGGCUCAGAAACCCAAGCUGUGCUGUCGGCUCUGCAGGAGGUCUGUGUCCGACUCGCAGAUCGUCCACCACUCCAAGAGACACGCGGCGGAAAACCACCACCCGUGUCCCGUCUGCAAGGACGCGUUCAGGAGCAGGAAGGAUCUGGUUCCUCACUUGAGAGAACACGUUGAGGGCAGGACGGCGGCGGACGUGAAGAAAGAGGACGUGCAGAAGCGCCUGGACGACGACGACGACAUCGAGCCGGGCGAGAUCACCGUGGACCCCUCGUUGAUGCUGUACUACAAGUCCACCCACGACCCGGACGUGCUGCACCACAUCGUGGAGCAGGUCGGCACGGCCGCGGAGAAGCACGUGGACGACGACGAGCACGUCACCUUCGAGUACAUCGACCGGCACUACAAGCUGCAGAACAGAGACGAGUACCCGUGUCCGGGGACCGGCUGCACCCGAGUCUUCAAGCACUCAAAGUACCUGUACGUGCACCUGAAGUCCGAGCACAUCGGCGACGACAACGUCAAGUAUUUCCACCAGAUGAGGGACAAGAGGGAGAAGUGCGUCUUCUGCAGACGCCACUUCGUCUCGGCGUACCAUCACCGCAAACACCGCAGGGUCCACUACGGCGAGCGGCCCUACAUGUGCGUGGUGAUGGGCUGCGGCGCUCGCUUCACCACGUCCAACGAGCUGGUCACGCACAAACAGACCCACGGCUACCUGCUCAACUACCAGUGCGAGCUGCAGGGCUGCUACGUGACGUACUCCGACCUGGGCCAGAUCUACCACCACGAGGCGCAGCACUUCCGGGACGCGGCGUUCACCUGCAGCGGCCCGGACUGCCGCCAGUACCACUUCUCCAAGAAGGACUUCGUCAAGCACUUAGCCUCGCACGACAUCACCUUCUCCGAGUCCGACUUCGAAGCUCAGCGCAGAGCCAAGCGGAAACUCUUCAAGACGCUUCCCGAAGCGGCGGCCCGCCUCAGGUCCGUGGAGCCGGAGGGGCUGACCAACGGGGACGACCUCCACCCGGCCGGCUGCGACGCGCCGCCGCACAGGUCAGAGGUCGCGGAACCUAAAGCAACAAUGACCCUGGUGGCCGUGUGUUUCGACGGGAGCAAGUUCACCUGCGGCUUUGAGAAGUGCGGCAUGACUUUCUCCAGAGCCAGAGACGUGCAGAGGCAUCUGAAAUGUGCUCACCCAGAACACCUGAAGCUGGAGAACAAAGAACACAAGCAUGAAAAAGAGCACGGCUCCAAGUCCAAAGCCAUCAAGACCGAACCCGAGCCGGACCCCGUCGGCCCCGGGCACAAUCUGCCCUCCGCUGCCGGAGAAGCAAACCAAGAAAGAAAAGCAUUCGCUGUGUCCAAAAGCACCGAAGCAACAAAGAAUGACCCUCUCAGAGAAAUCCUGAUGGGGCUCAGUCGCCUGGAUCUCAAUUCUACGUCUUCUCACUGUUUACCAAAGGAGUCUUCAGCGUCCGACACCGACUCAAAUUCGUCUCAGGUGGCUCUUCAUCGGGCGAUCAUGGCCAAGCCUCCAGUGGUGCUGCUUCAGAAGAGACCACAUCUGUCCGCCGCGACGGUCUCGGUCAAAGAAGAAGACGGCCUGGAGCUGCUGAGCACCGCCAAGCCGUACGUCUGCCAGGCGAAGGGCUGCGGCUUCAGGACGGCGCAGAGCUACAGCUUACAGCGUCACUACAACACCAGGCACGGCCGCACGCUGGAGCAGGCCAAGAGACUGACCUCCCUGAAAACCACCUCCUUCAAGCCUUACGUCUGCCAGCUCUGCUCCAACAGCCACCGGCAGAAAAACGUGCUGCGCUCUCAUUACAUCCAGGUCCAUAAGCUCAGCCCCGCCUCCGUGGAGUCCAUGAUCUGCACGUCGGUGCAGGAGGGCAGCAGAGCAGCCUCGUCUCUGAAAACACAAGCGUCCAUGGCACGGCACAGCCUGAAGCUGAAGAAGAAAGACAUCAAGGCACCGCGCCUGCACAAGGCCAAGAGCGUCAAGGCCGUCAGUGAGAAUGGACAGAAGUUUGAGAGUCCUGCGUCCAGAGAGGACGAGGAGCGCAGGCCUGAAGACGGCCAGCAGGAGGGGAAGAAAGACCACCAGACGUCCCAGGUGAGGGCGAGGCGUUUGGUAGCCAAAGGUAACCUGUGCUACAUCCUGGACAAGUUCAGCAAGCCCUUCCACUGCGUGGCAAAGAACUGCGACGCAGCGUUCUCCACCCAGGGGGGCCUGGUGCGCCACCUGCAGCUGGUCCACCACUACAACCGCUCGCAGCUGCUGCUGGAGCAGGACGUGGACGUGCAGUGCACCUCCGAGGUCCGCAAGGAGCCGGCCAAGAAGAGGCCCGCUCCGAGCUCCGACGAGCCUCAGCCCCGGUUCAAAUGCCACUUCCUGAACUGCAGCGCCUCCUACCACCUGAGGAGCAGCCUGGUGCGCCACACCCGGGAGAUCCACUCGCAGCCGCCGCCCGCGCUCGUGCGCUGCACGUUCGACGGCUGCACGCAGGUGUUCAGCCACGACGAGGCGCUGAAGAAGCACGCGCUGUACAGCCACUACGAGUGCUACGACUCCCUGGUGGUGCGUCUGCAGAGCACCCACAAGAAGUCCAUCACCGGCUGCCAGAAGAAGCUGAUCGUUCCCCCCAAGACCGAAGACCCCGCCCCGCCCCCCGCGCAGACCCCGCAGUCUGGCCCGGCCGCCCCGGAGCCGCAGAAAACCGGCGACGACAAGGCCAAGAAACCAAGGAGAGAUCGGCGGAGGACCUUCAGCUCUUAUGAGUAUCGGUCUCACGAGGAGGCGCUGCAGAUGUGUCAGGACCGCAGCGCGCGCAUCUCCUUCCCCUGCAUGGUCCAGGACUGCCACUCCGUGGUCAGCUCCACCCACAGCCUGAACCGCCACUACCUGAGGGUGCACCGCAUGACCCGCGACCUGCUGCUCCGGCACCAGGACAAGCUGGUGUUCAACGCCGAGCAGCUGGAGGAGCUCAUCCAGAGGAAGUCGGCCCGCCCCACCGCGGCCGGAGAAGUCACCCCCAUCGGGGCCCGCGAGCCGGACAACUCAGGCCAGACGGCCCCCGUGAGCCUGCACACCCUGAAGACCGCCGCCGUGAAGGAGGAGGAGGAGGAGGAGGAGCAGCAGGAGCAGGAGGAGGGUCGCGCUGCUCCAGGGUUCCCUGGGGAGCAGCAGGAGGACGAGCAGGAGGAGGAGCAGCAGGAGCAGCUGCCCCCUGUGGACAGGAAGGGGGUCCUGGUGGGAGCAGAUGAGGUGCUGAAUGGCGAGGCCAGUGCAGGCGAGUCCACGGAGAGCCCGCCCGCCCACAGACCGGAGGAGCGCCUGAGUCUGGACCAGAUCACGCCGCUGCUGCGGCCGCUCACCGUGGACCUGUCGCCGCCGUGCUCGCUGCGCUUCACGGCCGGCGAGGGUUUCCACGACCCGUCCGGCAAGCUGCUGAACGGCUCGCUGUCCCUCGCCGCGCCGCCUCUCCGCCAGCCGCUCAAACGCAAGAACGAACUGUCCGAGGCGCCUUCCAACCUCAAAGACCCUCCGACUGGCAGCCCGUCCCCGCGCCCGUUCAACAUCGAAGCCUACAAACCCAUCGGCUUCGAGUCGUCCUUCCUGAAGUUCAUCCAGGACACCUCCCCGAAAGACAAGAGCUCCGCCCCGGCCCGGCGGCGGGACGCCUUCAGACGCAGCUGCUCCGUCAAGGAGAACAACCAGCUGGGCGUGUCUCUCACCCGCAGCAGACGCUCCCGCUCGCCGCCGCUGAAGCCCCCGGCGGCGGCGGGCGACCUGACGUCGGUCCACAACCUGAAGUCCAUCCUGGACCGGGCGCUGGCCGGCUGCGGAGACCUGGCCAUCAAGCAGCUGCAGUACCUGCGGCCGGUGGUGGUGCUGGGCCGGCCCGUCAGCGCCGCCUCGCCGCCCCACCUCUUCCCCCCCGACAUGAGCGGCAGCAAGCUGCUGCUGGGGAGCUGAGCCGCCGCUGCUCCGCUGGCCGCCGGCCGCCUCUGGACACUGCAGUAUUACGAUUUUCUUCCAACAUUUAUGGUGUUGCUUUUUGCAGGCUUUUUUUUUUUUUUUUUAUUCUUCCAAGUUGCCAAAAUCAAGAGUCGUAGAAGUUAGUCUUAGGAUUAAAACCAGUUGAAACGGUGCACAAACGUCGGUUUCAACUCACAUGUGUACAUAUUGUAGUUCUCUAAGACCCAGUCAAAGUACAGCUUUUCAUUUUGUUGGAAGUCGUUAGAGAAUCAAAUGGCUUUUUCACUUCAGUGAAACCGUUGUAGAAAUAUCUCCUGACUACGGAACGUUCUGAGUAUGUCUGAUUCUUUUUCACCUCGGUUUAUACUCAGUCUGUGUUGGGAUGCAGUGGACUGAUGCCAGAUGUGUAUGUAACACUUUCUAAAUAAAUAAUGUAAAUU